CCCAUUUCAUCAUUUCUCUUCUCACAACUCUCAUCAGUAUAGUUCAUUCACCAUGACUUCUUCUUCUUCCAAUUACUCCGACAGCAUCCAAAACUACAGAUUCGAUGUAUUCAUCAGUUUCAGAGGUGUUGACAUUCGUAACUCCUUUGUUGAUCAUCUCUACGCUCAUUUCAUCCGAAAGGGUCUUUUUGUCUUUAAGGACGACAAAAGACUCGAGAAAGGAGAAUCCAUUUCAGAACAACUUCUACAAGCGAUUAAAGAUUCACGGAUUUCUAUCAUCGUCUUCUCCGAAAAUUAUGCUUCCUCAUCGUGGUGUCUAGAAGAAAUGGCCGCUAUAUUCGAUUGCAAACAACAGUUGAAGCAAACAGUUUUCCCCGUUUUCUACGAUGUGGAUCCAUCUCAUCUAAGAUAUCAGUGUGGGGUAUACCAAAAUGACUUUGAUUUACACAGACGGAAGAAGUUCAAACACGAUCCAGACAAGAUUCGUCGAUGGGAGACAGCUAUGACGGAUUUGGCCAAUUCAGCUGGUUGGGAUGUCAGGAACAGGUAUGUAGUAUUACGUUUAUUCUAUUCUCUUUCUUUUGCUGAAUUCAUAGCAUAUCACAUGUUUGAAUGCAUUUUAAAUUUAAUUUAAAUAUAACUAAUCAAAUUUUAGAAAAAUUAUAAUUGAGGGUACCGA